AUGGGAAAGAAACGAUCCAAGCCGUCGAGCGGCAGCAAGAAGGAAGCUCCAGCCGCGGAAGAAGAAGUGAAGCAGGAAAAGCGUGCCAAGAAGGAGAAAGACGCAGACGUAAGAACGGACAAUGAAAGUACCAACAAGAAAAAGGAAAAGUCCCUCAAGAAGUCAGCGUCAACGAAUGAGCAAAAGACACAAGAAGAUAACCCACUGGCAUUUACCAAUCUGAAGGAACCGGCAGCUCUCUCCGCAGGAACUCUGGCAUACCUGGAAAAGCAAGAUUUCCAUUCCAUGACACCUGUCCAAGCCGCUACGAUCCCACUGUUUUUAUCUCACAAGGAUGUAGCCGUGCAAGCAUGUACCGGCAGUGGCAAGACACUCUCGUUUUUAAUCCCCAUGGUGGAAAUGAUCUUGCGCAAGCAACAACCAUUUCGAAAAUCCCAAGUGGCUGGUAUUGUUCUGAGUCCGACACGAGAAUUGGCACGGCAAACGUUUUGCGUGGCACAAGAAUUGUGUCAAGCGGUCAAUCUACCCCCUCCUUUGUUGCUGGUUGGAGGUGGAAAUGGCAGUGGCAACAGCAAUCAUCGACCCGUGACACAAGAUUUGCAAGACUUUCAACAAGCUGGAUCCGAUAUCAUUAUUUGCACUCCCGGGCGACUCGACGAUAUUCUCAAUCGAUAUGCCGUCGUCGAUGUCAGCGAACUGGAAUGUCUCGUCUUGGACGAAGCCGAUGUACUAUUACGGAUGGGAUUCACCGUUACACUGACCAGUAUCUUGUCCAAGUUACCCAAAAUGAGACGGACCGGAUUGUUCAGUGCCACGGCCAUGGGAUUGAAGCAAUGGGUCACCCGGGCAGGGUUACGAAAUCCAGUCUGGGUCAAUGUUGCCGUCACGGCGGCAAAUAGCGACGAACAACAGAAAAAGCAGGAACAAGCCACUCCCGCUUCGCUCACCAAUUACUAUUUGGUGGCACCCAUGGAGGAACAAUUAUCGCGUCUGACUGCCUUUUUGAAAUCCCAUCGAGACGAAAAGAUUAUCGUCUUUUUCAUGACGUGCGCUUGCGUCGAAUUUUACGGAGCUGCUCUUCAAAAAUUACUCAUGGAAGAAGAGCAGCAGUACGUCGAAUUGUUGCAUGGCAAACUGGUCCAAAAACGACGCGAAAAGGCCAUGGAACGAUUCCGUGACACCACCAGUGGCGUCUUGUGUUGUACCGAUGUGGCGGCACGAGGAUUGGAUGUCACCGACUUGCAUUGGGUGGUCCAAUAUGAUGCACCGCAAGAUCCCGCCUUUUUCGUCCAUCGUGUCGGACGAGCUGCUCGAGCGGGACGCAAGGGAUCCAGUUUGAUAUUCUUGACGCGCAAGGAAGAGGCGUACGUGGACUUGCUGAAAAUGCGCAAAGUGCCAUUGUCACCACUCCCCACCACGGAAGUGUGUUGUCCUCCCAUAGAGGAACUGCCAGACGAAGACUCACAACAACACGACAAGAAACCAAAAGAUGGCGUCAUUCGUAGUGCGGCAGAUCCCGACAUGGAGAUUGAAAAUGUCCUCCCAAAAGUCAGAGAAAUUGUGUUGAAAGAUCGAGACAUGCUGGAAAAGGGCACCAAAGCCUUCACGUCGUACAUCCGUGCCUACAAGGAGCAUCAAUGUGCCUUUAUCUUUCGGUUUGCCUCGUUGGAUUUGGGCUUUUUGGCCACUAGCUUUUGUUUGCUACGACUUCCCAAAAUGCCCGAAUUGCGCGACAACAAGGGCCGAUUGGCCAACUUUUGCUCGGCCGGUCCAGAAGUGAACAUUUACGGCAUUCCCUACUUGGACAAAGUCCGGGAAUCGGCUCGUCAAAAACGCCUGGCUGCGGAAUUGGCCGCGGGUGGCAAGAAUGCCAAACAAAUCAAGGCGGAACAACGCAAAGCUGCCAAAUUGCAAUGGGAAAAGGAUCGUCGCAAGGACGCCGUCGAGAAGGGUCGCAAUCCCGACAAGAAGAGGGGCAAGAAUGCACAAAUGAUGGACGAAUGGGACGAGUUGGCCAAAGAGGAACGACUGUACAAGAAGCUUCGUCGUGGCAAGAUUACGCAAGCCCAAUUUGACGAAGAGUUGUAUGGCAAAAAGCAAAAAGGCGACCAUGUCGAGUAG